GCGAGGUCGCGGCCGCGCCUAUAAAUAAGCCCCACCACCUGCCCGGAUGACCCAGCACGAUCUCACCUCGCAGCGAAAAGAGGCGGGCUUCGCCGUUGAUCGCAGCUGCCUCCCGCCGCCGCCGCCUCAGCUGCCCCACCACCAAUCUCCACUGCUACUCGAGUGAGCGAGCUGCUUUAGGCCUCCACCUCCCACCCCGGCAGGCAGUGAGAGCGGCGGCUUCCGACGAGGUGGUGCUCACCGUCUCGUCACUUUUCCCCUUGCGGCCAGGCGGGGAUGGACAGGCUGAACGCCAAGCUGUACCUGCAGAACUGCUACAUUAUGAAGGAGAACGAGCGGCUGCGCAAGAAGGCGCUGCUGCUCAACCAGGAGAACCAGGCCCUGCUCACCGAGCUCAAGCAGCGGCUCGCCAAGACGGCGGCCAACACCAACAGCGCCAAGGCCAACGGGAACGCGGCGGCGGCGGCAGGCAACCGCGCGUCCAUCCCUGACCUCAACGCUGCCGCUCCAGGGGCGCACGGCGGCCACGAGAAGAAGGCGGCGCCCAAGCCCAAGUAGGCGGUCGCCAACUGAUGCGCGGCCGGUUACUGUCGUAGUGUCAUGAGCUAGCUAGAGUUUGCGGUUCCUAUUUGUGGUUUACUUCCUGGAUGUUAGGGCUGUGUGUUUAGUUUCAGCUGAUGGAGAUCGCAUGCCUACUGAUGUGCAGCAGAGUCCCCAUGGAUAGGAUGGGUAGCUAGAUCAGCUAGGGGUAUAUAGACAUAGUUGGGUCAGUGCGUGCUGCAUGGCCGUGGUGUUUCCUGGGGUCUUUAGCACAACUUGAGCCAGAGCAUGACAAAUGCUAUCUCCUGCUUGUUUGAUGAUAAUGUGCCAAUCUAAUGCAUGAUGUUACCAUAUUUUUUCA